UAAUUCAGCAAAACACCACCACACUGUCGUGCCUGUGUUUUUGUUAUUGUUGUAGGUUAGUAGAACUGCAGAGACGUCGUUCAAACGUCUUAAAAAACGUUUACUGGUUUUCUGAUAUCGAUGGACUUGGCCUUUCUACAUAUCUAAAUAGGGACGGUUCAAUUUUACAAUCUUCAGAGCAGACAGGUCAUAAUAAGGUGCUUGCCAGCCCAGCUGUGUUAUUGUGUUGCCAUGGAGAAGGCUUGGCGUGUGAAGUUUCGGAACGUGGGUAGUAGCUACUUCCCUCAGAGUCGCGUGGAAUGCCACUACAGUUUUAGCUUGCAUCAUACCUGGGCUAGCCAUGACUGGGUCGGACUCUUCAAGGCGGGAUGGUCCUCGGUGAAGGACUACCACACCUUUGUUUGGGCGCUGGCCCCAGCAGGCUACCAGGAGAGCACAGAGGUCAACUGCUGUGUCCACUUCCAGGCCUCCUAUCUGCCCAACCCAGGUUCACAGCAGUACCAGUUUGUGUACGUGGAUCGGAAUGGAGAGGUGUGUGCUGCCAGCCCCCACUUCACCUUCAGCGCCCCCAAGCCUGUGGAGGACCCAGUCACUCUGGAGGAAGCAGCCCCUGGAGAGGAAGGAGGGACUGAUAUGCUAAUGGUCAUACCCAGGGCCGAGCUACUCCAGAGCCGCCUGCAAGAGUGUCUGCGAGAGCGCGCCGAGCUGCUGCAUGCGCGGGAGGCAGCGGAGAGGAUGAAGGAGAGAGAGAAGGAGAGGCACGGGAGGGCAAGAGAGGCGUGGGACAGAGAGCGGGAGGAGCUGGAGAGGAACAUCGGCGAGCUGAAGGGAGAACUUCAACAGAGCCGAGACCGGAUGGAGGAGAUGGCGAGGAGACAUGAGGAGGUGGAGGCGUCCGGGUUGGCCUUGGCUCAUGAAAAGACGUCCAUUCUAGCCAAGAAAGCAGCCAGUGACCAGCGAAUCGGAGAGCUGGAGGAUGACAUCAGAGCCCUGACACUGAAGGCUGUUGAGAGAGAGACGGAGCUAGAGAGGAUGAAGGAGAGGGCCAAGAAGGUGGCGGCUCAAAGGAAGGAGGAGGAGAGAGAGAGGAAAGCUCUGCAGCUCAAGCUGGAGCAAGCCGAGGUGGAGCUGCGCAGUCUGUCUGCGGAGUUCCAGGGUCUGAGGAGCUCGCUAGCCGAGAGAGACACACACGCCCUGCUGCUGCGGGACCACAUCACCACCCUCACACACAGACUCAAUACAGCUCAGAGGAAAGAGGCCGAGAGCCAGACGGUGCUGGCUGAGAUGAGGGGCCUGCGGGAGCGCCUGGCAACCAGCGAGCGUUAUGCGGAGGGCCUGAAGGGAGAGCUGUGUGGCCUGGUAGCCCAGAGGGACCAGGGCCAGACAGAACUGCACCAAGCCAGGCUCCAGGCUGCCCAGCUGACCCUGCAGCUUGCUGACGCCAGCCUGGCCCUGAGGGAAGGCCGAGCAACCUGGGCCCACGACAGACAGAGCCUGCAGCGCAGUUCAGAGAAGGACAGAGAGCGUCUGGACAAGCUGAAUGGAGAAAUGCAGCAGAUGGAGGAGAAGCUCCAGGAAGAGAGGAUGGAGAGAGAGAAGGUGGAAGUGGAGCUGGGAAGGGAGAAGGACUGUAACCGGGUGAAGCUGGGUGAGACACGAAGGGAGCUUCAGGAGCUGAAGACCAAUCUGAGAGUCACUCAAAAGGAAAAGGAACAGCUGAUGCUGGAGAAACAGGACCUGAUGGAGUACGUGCGCCAGGUGGAGAAGAGGAUGGAGGCUGUGGCUGAUGCUAAGUGGACCACUGCAGUGUCAGCCCCCACCAGUGAGUGCAGCAUCACAGGGGUACCACCGACCGCUGCUCGCCUCCAGUCUGCUUUAUUGGGUGUCAUGGAGAGUCCUCUGUCAGAUUCUGAGGAUGAGAAUCCCGAAGCUCUGCAGCCCCCCCGCCAGCCCCCCCGCCAACCCCCGGCCCCCCCGCUGUCCCCCUACAGCCUGUGUGACCCCCAGGCUCAGCCUGACUCCCUGCUCCCCUCCACCCCCCCUCCCUCCCCCAGGGAUAUGUCCCGGUGCCUCUUCCGGGGGGGCGUGGUCAUCAGCCAGCCCGCCCCCCUGUCGUUGCCCAGGCAAUCAGGAGACACACUGACACACAGCUCAGAGUCGGAGGAUGAGGGCGACACAGCCCAAUGUGGAGGACUCAGCUCUGGAGAGGAGACAGCUCUACUGUUGCCUGACAACACAGAGACACUCCUCAGUGACCUGGCGGAUAGUUCUCUGUGGUAGGGGGAGGGGUUACGGAACCAUCUAGAACAGGUGGACAGCGCCACACACCAGCACACACACACAAACACUACAAUAUGUUAAUAUGCAAUGUGACUUUCCAUUUUCUAUGAGAUGGGCGUCUUUUAGGCUGUUGUGCUGCCCACUGUACCUGUCACGUUCUUAAGAAUGACAUAAUUCCUGUCUUGACAGGUCGUGACAGCUGAAAUCCUAGUUAUGACCUCGCAUAAGACUGUUAUGUAACGCUUUAUUAUUUACUGUAUUAGAUAUAGGCUUAAUGGUUCAUGUUCCUGAACAGAGUUGUUUCAGUUGCCAGAGUCGAUGUCUUCAGCUUUAUGAAGUGUUUUAUGGUGUUUUUAAAACACUGGGAUAUCAUGUGGCAGAAGGACAGCCCCUGUAAUUACGAUAAUUUGUGAGUGAGAGGAUGUCUUCAUUUAAAAUCAAAAAAUGGCUUUUAACUUUCCUGUCCGCACAGCAACUUUUAACACUAUUAAGAAUACUGUCAUAGUCUGUAUUAGGUCUAUACUAAAAUAAUAAUUGUAAAGUACUUAUAUAUAAGAUGCUUUUACUCCUUUUAUCCUUACAGAUGUUUUUAUAUUGCAAACUUUCUUUUAUUCAUUAUUAGAGUAUUUGUUUAUUCAUAUAUUUGUGGUAUUCUGCCUGACGGUAGAAUGACAGAACAACGAAAAACUCUUAUGAAAUUGGUAGAAGAUUGGAUAUUGAGUGGGUGCUGAAUCUGAAUGAAUGUUGAAGGAGAAAAGUAAAAUUGUUGUCGAUUUUAAUAUUAUCUUAUGUUUUUAUUAAUCACAUAUGAUAUCCUCAUCUACAUAAAGCUAUUGCUUCUGCAGGCUGCUCGAUGUAGAGCCACAGCAAUCAUUUCCAAAUCAUACAUAAUACCAGUUAUUUACAUUAACGAAGCGUUUCAAACAAUGGAACUGUUUUAAGAAGUCAGUAGGGAUUGCUAUAAUUAUUGCACUAGACCUGCUGUUGUUCUGUUAAGCACAACACUCUUCUUCAGAGUGAGAUCGUUCUAAACGUCUGCCUAAAACAACACAUUUGGGGAAACAAAUAGUUUAACUGUCACCCAAGUGCCAUCAGUCUGGCAUGUUACCACUAUCUCAUCAUUGUAUAAAUACUAACUUUACAAUGUUGGCUGAUAGGAGUGGUUAAAAAAUACAAUGCAUUUUUUUCUGUUGUUUUAUUGUAAUGAAGCUAUAUUUUGGUUUAGUUAAAAACGUAAGAGGAGUAUAAUGGAGCUGUUUAAGUUAUUAAAGCUUGCUAAUGAAGAAAAAUAAUGUCCUAGGGGUUCUUUUUGCUUGGUUGAUUUUGCAACUUGCACCUGUUUUAAAAAUGCUUUCCUUCAGGAUGUUUGUAUUCAUUUGACACACGGAUGCUUCUCAUUGCUUUGUUAUCUGUCGCCACGACCUUCAUCAGCUGUGUGAUUUGUUUACUCUUCUUUUAUACUCUUCUGUUUCUUCUCAAAUGUUCUGUCUAAAGGUCACUUUUACUGUCCGUUAUUGUCUUGACCCCUGUCUGCUGGGAUUUUAAAAGUGGCUGGUCCUACAGUACAGUACAGCCAGGUGUUAUCCCCAGGGUGUACAGGCUGGGGAUGUCGGACGUUUGUACUGUUCAGCCCAUUCUGCAGUGACGUUCAUCCCUGGGCAUUGAUGGCUGUACUUCAGGGGUUUUUCCAGAACCCCUCAUUGUCCAAGUCUUUCAGCUAUACCUGCAUUAUAGUCAUUUCUAUAUUAUAUACUGUGUACCAGCACCUUUCUUUUGACAUUCGGUUGUAUGCGCCCAAAGAGAAAUCCUUUUCUUGUUGUCAUUUCUGUGUGGAACACUUCAGUCUGGGGCGAGCUGUAUGGUUGUAAACAGAAAGCUGUUUUCAGAACACAUAUUUACUGUACCUCUCCAGAGGUAACUGUUGUCUAUUAAGUUUUGUUUGUCGGUUGUCGUCUUAUUUUAAACCUGUAUUUUCUGAUAGUUCUAUAGUCUCUCAUGAUGUGUUUGGGUGGGUUUCUGUAAUAAAAUAAAAACCUGUCUCUGUA